AGACCUGUGAUGGUAGAGAACACAACCCUGAAGUUUCUCAUCCUCAAACCAGUGGAAGAAUGAAUGAAGAGCCAGAACCGAGCAAAGACAAUUUAUGUCAAUGCAGGGCCAUUCAUUCAAGAUGGAGUAGCGACCAGUGGCCAGCUUUACCUCCUCCGUGUUGUAAUGUGAGAAACUCAUUGGUGAUUGGAGUUGAAGUGGAUGUUCUAGAAGAGGUGGUUUAUGAGGACACGGAAAUACUUCAAACACAAACCAUAUGCCUGAGUUUGAGAAGAGCACGGUCCACAUCAAGGACCCCGAGCGGGUGGAGCAGAUCAUUUGCGGUCUGAUUCAAGGAGGCUCAUCCAAACUACAGAUCAUCACAGACUUUGACAUGACGUUGAGCAAAUUUUCAAUCAACGGAAAGCGAUGCCCGACCUGCCACAAUAUAAUCGACAACUGCAAUCUGGUCACUGAGGAAUGUAGGCAAAAGCUGUAUAAACUGAAGGACACGUACUAUCCUAUUGAGAUCGACCCGAAUCUGACCAUGGAGGAGAAAUACCCGUUUAUGGUGGAAUGGUAUUUUAAAUCUCACACAUUACUGGUAGAGCAGCGGUUACAGAAGAACAAACUCCCAGAGGUGGUGAGAGAAUCAGAUGUCUGUUUACGAGAGGGUUACGAGCACUUCUUUGACCGGCUAAAUCAGCACAACGUUCCCGUGUUCAUUUUCUCAGCGGGGCUUGGAGACGUGCUGGAGGAGAUCAUCAGACAGGCUGGAGUUUAUCACCCCAACGUCAAAGUCGUCUCCAACUUCAUGGACUUUGAUGAGAACGGCUUCCUGAAAGGAUUUAAAGGCGAGCUGAUUCACGUGUACAACAAGCAUGACGGUGCACUGAGGAACACCGAAUACUUCAAACAGCUGAAGGACAACAGCAACAUCAUCCUUCUGGGAGACUCCCUCGGAGACCUCAACAUGGCCGACAGCGUCCCCAACGUGGAGAACCUCCUGAAGAUCGGCUUCCUCAACGAUAAGGUGGAGGAACGCUUGGAGAAAUUCUUGGACUCUUAUGAUAUAGUUCUAGUGAAGGAUGAAACCCUUGAAGUGCCCAAUUCCAUUUUACAAAAGAUCUUAUAACUAGAAAGAGACUCUUGUUAUUAAUUACUAGUCACUGGGUUAAAACACGCACGCACAAAGCCAUACGAACCCCUCAUCAUGAUCUGUUCACAUCCCAUCACAUCACUUCCCAUCCCAGACCAUGUACUCUUCCAUUUGUGUGUCUGUUUGGGGUUUUGUCCCGCACUUUGUAUUUUUUAAGAAAAACCAAACCAACUUCUGUAUAGAAAGUGUGUAUCUUAGCGAAUAUGUUUAAUGUGUACAUGAGUAGACUAAUGUAUUAUUUUUGAUAUUGAGAUAUCAUUUCGACUUCAUGCGCAAUAAUAGCUGGGAUGGAAGAUGAGUGUUGGCAUUUUUGUAGUUAUACAGGCAGUAACUGCGGUGUACUACAGUAGUACUUGUACAGGUGUAACACUUUCUGUGUAUUUUAGCACUCCAAAUAUCCAUCCAUCUAUUUUCUGUACCACAUAUCGUACACAGGGUCAUGAGGGACAUGGUGUCUCUCCCAGGGGACUUGUGGGACACUCUGGAAAAUGUCCCAAGCUAUCACAGGGCACAACCUUACACACACACAAUCUGAAACAUUGGGAGAACACGAAACUCCAUACGUAUAAGAAUAUGUUGUAGCUUAGUGGUUAAGGUGUUGGACUACAGCUCAGAAGGCUGUGAGUUCAAAUCCCAGGUCCACCAAGCUACCACUGCUGGGCCCCUAAGCAAGGCCUUUAAUUCUCAAUUGCACAGUCAUGUAAAAUGAGAUAAAAAUAAGUCACUCUGGACAUGUUCCAGAGGUAUGAGGCAAACCUUCUAAUCAAUACGCCCCAAUGCCCCCUCUGCUCUAAAAAUUGCAUAGUGGGCGUGGCCUAACCCAGAAACACUGCCAGCAUUGCAUGUCAAUUCCUGUUCGGACCGUUCCUCAUCUCUCCAGCUCAUAACUCAUCCCAACUAAAGCUAAACAAAACUAUUUUUAUGCAUGUUAAAGAACACAGGCUUUCUCAGUUCGUAGCGUUCUUUAAGAUCCCGAUGUACGCCGUCUCAAGUCUCGACCCUGUGCCCUGCGAACCCUUCCGACUAGCUUUCUAUCACAAAAAAAUAGGGCCUCAUUUUAUUAUCUAUAUGUAUUUAUAUCCAUUUAGAACACAUGAUCUGUUCAUUCUCUCUUCAUCACUUAAUUCCUUAGUACAGAUCAUAACAGGAUGUUUACAUAAUAUCAUUCAUGUUUCAUGUAUCAUUCAUUAUUCACCUAAAUGUACCGACUGUAGUACACUGUAGUUUCCUCCUGUAUCCUUUUUUCUUAUUUGUAGAAUACAUAUAUACAAUUCUAUAUAUUAUACAUUAUACGUGCACACGGAGAUCGAGUCCAUCCCCGUCAUCCGUCAGCAAUACAAUAGACCCUUAGACAAACAUAACAUGAAUGUAUUGUGUAUUUUGAUGACCUUCAACGUGUUCAGCUUCAGGUGCAGUUUGGAAUGUGGGUCUGCUUUUGGUUUGUGAGCUUCACUACAUCUAUAAAGUGCAGUUCAUGUAAAACCGCUAAGGUUAUUAGACGCUUCAGCGUCUUUAGGUGGACCGUUUCCUCAUCGAGCGCUCGUGAGGUGGAUUCAGUUUGACUUGCACUAAUGUUGUCAUUAGUAACAUUGUGUCCUUUAAGUUCUCGAACCCUUUCUGGUAUGUGCUGCUGAUUUGCAUGUUGCCUUUCUUUGCUGUCGAAAUGAAAUGUUGAAAGAGAAGAGAAGAGAAGAGAAGAGAGGAACUGGUUUGUCCAGUCAAUAAAUGUAGGCAAUAAAGAAAGACAACCAAUUUUUAUUAAAGGUUUGUUGGACUAAAGCUUAUUAAAUACGGAACAAGUUA